UGUCUUCCCCACUCCUCCCACCUAUAUUCCGUACACACCAUAUCAUAGUCUGUACCUUGUUUUGGGGAAGCUUCCCCUUCCCAUUCCGUUUUCACAACCAACUCAAUCAUUCUCACACUGAGACUCCACUCCAAUAUUGCAUUGCACUACUUUAACUCUCCACUACUCUGAUACACAAUCAACUUUGCAACUAAGAACCAAGAAGAAGAAGAAGAAGAAGCCAUUCAUCUCAUCAUGGCUAUCUCCGGCAGCAGCUUAGAAGCUCGGUACCUCAAUUCUUGCAGAAAGCAUGAGGUGGAGCCCAAUUCAGCAGUUCUCUCAUGGUUUACUCAGGCCAAAGUUCAGAGUUCUCAGAAUGAGAAGUGUAGUUUAACAGUUUCAUUAGAUCAGCUAAAGGAUGCUGACAUUUUGCCACUGAAGGAUGUGCUUAUUUCGAAAGACUCCUCUCAUAUUCAUGCAGUUGACUUAUUGUUGGAAUUCCAUAGUGACUUGGCCACAGAGCGUGUCAUGGAUUUGAUAAAGGGAAUUAAUGCAAAGCUUCGAGUUGUCGAUCUCCAGGGUUUGUCUUUGGGGAAAGAAUUUCUGCGGGAUCUUUGUCAGGGUUCUUUGGCUUGCCAAGUCUUCAACUUGAGGUCUGUUCAUAUCAAGAAACUCGACAUGGUUGGAAGCUUUUUGCGACUACACACCCUUAAUCUCGACUUUUGUACUUCACUCGGUAGCUUGCGGAGGGACUGUUUUUCUUGCAUGCCAAAUCUGUUGUAUCUUUCAAUUUGUGAGACAAGAAUUUCCAAUCUCCUUACCACGACUGGUGCUCUGUCAAGACUUCCUUGUUUACUAGAACUACGGUUCCAAAGCUGUUUAUGUUGCAAGGAAACUGGAUCAUGUCUUGGUUUAGAAGUGCAACAGAAAUUGCUGACUGAGGUUCAAGAAAACGAUGAAACCCUUGUGAGUGAGGGUAAGAAAGCCUCAAGAAAUGCGAGUAUUACAUUAAAGAACUUUGUAACUCAUCAUCCUUCGCCCAUAUGCUUUGAGAAACAUUACCGGGAGUAUAUCAUAUCUUCGCUGCCUGGUCUGGAAGUUCUAGAUAAUUUUCCUGUUGGAAUGACAGAAAGGGAAUUGGCCAAGAUGACGUCUGCAAAGUACUAUGAAUACUUACCUUAUAAGAGACGGCACAAAGAAAGUGUUGUUAGUGUUUUGAAUAAACGUGAAAUGGGGACAAAUGGUGUACACUUCCAGAAACCAUUCAAGCCAAAACAAUUAUAUCCUCAUCGAAAUGGUCAGAAUUUUUUCCUGAGGUCUCUUUGUGCUGCCAAACUUGGGUCCUCAUCUUGGCCGCGGUUACAUCCACUAUCCAAUUUCAACCACACCUGUAAAGCAGAAAACAAGAAGCUUCGUCCGAGGCAGUUUGAGUACCAUCCCUCAAACCCAAGUCUUAUAGUUUUUGGAACUCUGGAUGGUGAAGUAGUGGUUACUAAUCAUGAAAACGGGAAGGUGGUUGGUUAUAUUCCAUGCAUUGGAGCAUUGAGUAGCGUUUUGGGGCUUUGUUGGCUCAACAAGUCUCCGUCCAAGCUUGUUGCUGGUUCAGAUAAUGGUUCCAUGAAGUUAUUUGACAUAAAUAACAUGUCACCAGAAGUUGCAGACUCAUGUUGCAGCUCUACUGGUGCAACUUUUGAAGAUUUUGAGCAAUUGACAUCUCUUCAUGUAAAUUCAACUGAUGACCGGCUCCUUGCUAGUGGAUACUCCAAGGGCGUUGCCCUAUAUGAUGUUGGCAGUGGAAGACGUUUACAAUUGUUCAGUAAUCUUCACCGUGAACCAAUAAAUGUUGCCAAAUUUGCAUAUCAUUCCCCUUAUAUGUUUGCUACCUCAUCCUUUGACCAUGAUGUUAAGAUGUGGGAUUUGCGACAGAACCUUAGGAAACCUUGUCAUACAGCUUCUAGCUCAAGAGGAAAUGUGAUGGCUUGCUUUUCUCCUGAUGACCAUUACUUACUUGUUUCAGCUGUUGACAACGAGGUUAAGCAACUUUUGGCAGCAGAUGGGAGGCUGCACACAAAGUUUGAGAUAGCAUCGACAGGAAAUCCUCAUAACUAUACGCGGUCAUAUUACAUGAAUGGAAGGGACUAUAUCAUCAGUGGAAGUUGCGAUGAGGACGUGGUUCGCAUAUGCUGUGCUCAAACUGGAAAGCGACUGAGAGAUGUUUAUUUGGAGGAUGAAUUGGGAAAUUCAAUAUUCGUGCAGUCCUUAAGGGGCGAUCCUUUUAGGCACUUUAACAUGAGUAUAUUAGCCACUGCUACCAGACCUAGCUCCAAGUCGGAGAUUAUCAAGGUUAACUUACUUGCAUCGAGUGACUAUGCAGAAGAGCAUUCUUAUGGCCAGUGUUUGCAGCAUUCUUGCUGUCUGGGAGGUUGAGCAGAAAUGUCUGCGCAUGCGCGCUCGUGUGCAUUGUAUAUAUUGUAGUAAAGGAUUUUAUCGAAUAGUUGGUUGUGGACCAUAAGUCGUAAAUUGUACUUCCGUGAACUCGUGCAACCCAUUUUGUAGCUUCCUACACUGAAAAAUGAUACAUGUCAGACAUAAACAUCAUAAAAA